AACCCACUAAAUUCUUUCAUUUGGUUUGAACUCUUUGGAGAACCAACAGAUCGGGAUGUUGAUCUUCUUGGCGGUGUAAAGUGACAUUGUGAUUCAGGCUUGGUAUGUCAUGGGAAGAUUAGGAGCUUACAACUCUUCAAAUUUGCAGCUAGCCAAUUCAAUGCUGGACUAUGACCCUUCAUAUGAUUCUGAUCAAGCUUCUGGGGUGAUGCCUUCAUCUUUCCAUGAUAUCGGUGAUGUCGAAUUCCAAGACAAUUGGGGCAGAGUUUGGGUGGACCUUGGGACAUCAGAUUAUCUUGGAUUGGAUGUAUUACUCAACUGUCUUACACAGUUAAGCUCAGAGCAUCUGGGCAUCAAACAAGUGGUAUUUGGUGGCAAAAAGAUGGGCGACUGGGAAGAGGGGAUGACGAACUCUGAUUACGGAUACAAACACUUCAAGAUAUAGCAGUACCGAGUGAUUUGCAAUGUUUAUGCGACGGAGGCCUUCAUAUGUACUCUCGGGACUCUCCAACCCAUAUAGUGUUAGAAGAUUUUUUGGACUGACCCAAGUUUGUGCCUGGAUUAUGAUGUUCCCAUGAAUGUAAAUAAUUUUCUUCUAGGCCGUGUUACAAGUUUAGAACUGAAUCCAACAGUGCAGCAGAACGUAUGGUAGCAACUAGAUCAAACAGUUGCAAAAUCAUGAGCAAGUUCACAUCGUUUCUCGAAUAACUCCUGUAUGUCGCGGCAGAACAUGGGCAACAUGUUCAUGUACCUGGCACAACAUCUCUUGC